GUGAACAGCAGAGUGUCGGCGGCGCUGUGAGGAUGCGGAGAGAGAUGCUCUGAUCUUCUUCCUCUGUGAACGCGCUCACGCCUGCUGGGGCAGAGUGAGAUGCGCAUAUGACGACAAAAGCAAACGCAGGAGCCGGGUCUUUUUUCUCACUCACUCACUCACUCUCACAAUCACUCUCUCUCUCACACACACACACACACACACACACACACACACACACACACACACGAUCUAGCCUACCUCCUCACACUACAGGCAGACCAUACCUGAAUAAACUAGGUCUGCUCGCAUUUAACUGCACGGAGGUAAGUGUGUGUGUGUGUGUGUGUGUGUGAUGACGAGAGAGAGGCUGGUUUAUUAUCUCAUGCAAGAGCCCGGACAGUUGUAUAGGUCCUCCCACCGGUGUCUGCCUAUUUAUACGGUUAGAAACGCUACCGUGGGUCGUGAUAACAGGACGCGACUGGCAGACAGAGACAUACAUCACAACACGUGCCGGCUCUGGCCUAGGCUGCAGCCAUGCCUCUUCUGGAAGAGACCACUCACCAACAAGAGCGCCCACCCACUGUCCCUGUAGUCAUCAUAGGCAACGGGCCAUCAGGUAUUUGUCUGUCCUACCUGCUGAGUGGAUACAAGCCCUACCUAGAUACGGCAACUGUCCACCCAAACCCGAUACUCUACAGGAAGCUGCAGGAGACCAAACACCUACCUAUCACCGAACAGGAUCUGGAAUAUUUGAGUGAAGGUCUUGAGGGGAGGUCAAGGAACCCUGUGGCUGUGCUUUUUGACACACUACUCCACCCCAAUGCUGACUUUGGCUAUGAGUUCCCCCCUGUCCUUCAGUGGAGGAGAGACAAACAGCAACACAUCCCACAUCUGGUGCUGGGAAGGGCAACGCCUGGAGGUGCUUGGCAUGCUAUGGAAGGGUCCAUGCUGACUAUAAGUCUUGGCAUCUGGAUGGAGCUUCCUGGGGUUAACUACAGAGACUUGACCAAUGGGAAACGCAGGGAUGUAACCAGUGACAGAGCCACUCCGGAGGAGAUCUCAUCCUAUUACCGUAACUAUGUGAAACUAAAGGGCCUCCAAAAGAAUUUUGUUGACAACACCUACGUGACCUCUGUCCAGAAACUCUGCCGGGGGCACGAGGGAGAAGGUCUGGAAAAUGGACACACUGAUCAAGGAGAUGGAGGGGUGGGAGAUGGUGGGAAUGAAGGUUUUGAGGGAAAUGGUGUUGAGUGCCUAAACAAGGGAGGAGGGGGGGCGCUCUGGGAAGUAAGGGGAUACCAGCAGGUGCAGAGCGACACUCAUGUCCCCUUCUCUCUAUUUGCUGAGAAUGUAGUUCUGGCCACCGGUGCGUCUGAUUCGCCGGUUCAUUUGGGUGUAGAGGGGGAGGACCUACCCUUUGUAUUUCACAGCAUCUCAGACCUGGGUUUGGCUGUAAGCCGGAGAAAACUGGAUAUGAACUCAGAUCCAGUUUUAAUUGUAGGUGCCGGUUUAAGUGCUGCAGAUGCAGUUCUGUGUGCUUGUAACAGCAACAUUAGAGUGUUGCAUGUCUUUCGUAAGAGUGUAGACGACCCAGACCUCAUCUUCAAACAGCUGCCCAAGACUCUUUACCCAGAGUACCACAAAGUCUACAACAUGAUGUGCUCUCAGACCUACACGGACGUGGCUCCACCCUCUGCUUUAAACAGACCCCAGGCAGUUAGUAUUGCCUCCUCAGUAUGUGCCAAGAUGUGCCCAAAGCCUCAACUUGCCACAGGUAACAUGGCUGGUAAUGCCAGUGCCAGCCUGUUUCCUGACUAUACCAGUUUCCCUGAACACUGCGUGGUGUCUUUCCAGUCUGACAUGAAGUGUUUGCUGCAGGGGAACAACUCUCUCAAGGCAUUCAAGAUUUCCAUGGCCCUAGUGCUGAUUGGGACCAACCCAAACUUGUUUUUCUUGAAGGGGCAGGGCCAGUACCUGGGUCAUGAUCCAACGAAACCCAUCUCCUGCAAGCAGAACCCCAUUGACAUCCACCCCUACACGUUUGAGUGUACCAAGGAGCCAGGUCUGUUUGCCAUGGGCCCACUGACGGGAGACAACUUUGUUCGCUUUUUGAAGGGCGGCGCUUUAGGCAUCGCCUCCUGUCUGCUGAAGAGACUCAAGAAGAAAGGGAAGCUCAUCAGCAAUGGAGGGAAUAACUUCAUUUGACAACAUGCAGGAGAAAAGAGCAGUGUAUGUUGGUUGCAUGGCACAGAUUUAAAGCGCUCUUACCAACUGAUGUAAAAGGUGAAGGGGAAAACUAGUUUUCAUUUCACUGCAUCAUUAAUGCAGUGUUUUCUCAUCAAAGCUAAGGCAUUUUUACAACUUUCUGAGACCAAAAAGACAAUGGAUGUACACUAAUUCGUUUCUAAAGAAACAAAAGACAGCUUUUAAGAGUCUUGUCUGACUUCAUAAGAAGUCCCCAGAAGUCCAAGCUAACGUGUGCCAAUGUUUUCUACUCAAUCUAUCACCUCACAACUGAAUGGGACCUUAUUUUCAUCAGGGUUAUUUAUUCGUUCACCACGUGUCUUUCAAUCUAUUUACUAACACCAUUUAAGUUGCUGUCGUAUCACACUUUUAAGUCUUAUUUUAGCCUUUCUCUUUUAGGUUAGGGGAUGCUCAAAAUUAGAGGCCACUACGCUCAUUCUGAAUACACCUGAUAGCUAUAGUUGUGUAAGUGACAGACAGUUGCAGAGCAGUCUGUGGUCUUACAAAGGUACGAUCAUCUGAACUCUGGUGAGUGUUUGCAAUAGUAGACUCACACAAUUCAUGGAUAAGCAAUCUUAAUGUUCCUGAUUAUUCUGAGCCUACCAUGUUUUGCUUUUGUUUAUUUUUUACUUAAGAGGAUUCUUUGUUCAGCUGCAAUUGCAGGUUUGUUGGAGCCAUACACCUAAAAAAAAUAUUAGAAAAGUUUAAUAAACCUGACAUCUUUCUUUGGUUAUAGUGCUACUGAAAGGCUUUCUAUGCAAAUGGUUUCACUUGCGGAUCUGAAUGUAUUCUUUGGCAGCCAUUGCUAAUAGUACUGUUUGGAUUCAAGUAUCCUGGCAAAAGAUCUGGCCAUUAGAGGACCAUUCUGGUGUUUGACAUUUUUCUUUUUUUAUUUAUUUCUAUACAGUAUGAACAUCUUCAUAUAGGUGUUUGUUUGUUUAGAUUUGCAUUCGCUGAAAGGGUAUAAUAACAACAACAACAAUAAUAAUGAUAAUAAGAUAGAAAACACCAGUAUGGUCCUUUAACAUAAUUGCCAAUUAGAUUAUGACUAGAUACAUGUAUCUUACACAUGAUUAUAAAAAUCACUGAUAAUGUUCCUGUCAUAUUGGUCAGAGUCAGUGCCAGCUAAUCUGAUUCUAAAAUUGUAUAGAUACACAAGGAGAGAAUGGAGCUUUGAAAAAGAUAAAACAGAAAAGCACACUUGCAGAAUACCCAUUUUUACAAUCAUACCAUCCAAAUAAUUUAUUUUUAUAUUUUUAGCAAACCAAAUGUUAGCAUCCUCUUCGUAUUUUUAUAAUAACAAUAUGCCAUUUUCUUAACAUACUGUGGCUAUCCUUAUGAUGGAACUAUUCAAUCAACCUGUGUGCACAACCGGGCAAUAUGUCAAUCGCUGUAUUCAUUUAAUAGGUUUCUCUUAAUAUUGUGAAACAUGGCACACAAUUCUGUUUAUUUAAAACUACACAGUAAUUACCAAGUCAGACUUCUCCCACAAUUGUUUGAGACACCCCAAUUAGGCAAAUUUAAUGUGUUUUGUUUUUUUAUAUUGCCCAAAUCUAGAUGUGUGUAUAAAAUUAUUCCAUUUUUUUAAUACAUCUUCACAGUAAACAGCCAAUAUUAUCUUGUGAAUUGCCAAAUAACAGUUUUAACUGGUUGUGAGCACUGAAAGUAGCAAUCUAUUCUUCAUUUCCACUAUAUUUUCCUUCCUUUCAGUCACGUCAAAACUGUCUGCAAUACUGUGAUGCCAUAUGCAUAAUUUUUCUUUGUGCCGCUCACGCACAGCUCAUGGUUUGUUUAUUGUGAUGUGACGCAUUGAUCCCCCUUCAAUACAAUAUAGUAGUCUGAGUCGGUUUUGGGGGUAGUUAUUAAUAACACAUUACUGUAGUCACAUCACUUUUUCCACUAACAAAGUAGUUUAAAACAUUGCUGUAAUCAUAUAACAAUUAACUAGUGAAAAUGUUACUUGUGUUAUAUAUUGAAUUUCAGCUGAAUUAUUCCUUGAUGCUUUUUUCUCUUACUUCUGAGUAUUGUUUUGAUAUAAAUAUUAAAUAUAUGCAUGCAGGCAUGAAGCCUUGCCUAGCAGCAGCUGCUCUGAGCAGAAGACAGAAAAGUGCUACGAGGACAGAAGUGGGAGAGUUUUAAGUCAGUAUAUUCAAGGACUGCAGAGGAGACUGGGUGACUCAUUACUGUUUGGAAUUGACUUAAAAGUAAAGAUAAAAAUAUGAUCCUGGUCAGACACAACUGUCCACCACUGUCAACUCCAAGCAUAAUCUAUUUGUUUAAUAAAGCACAGACGGGUUUACUGUGUGUCCAUCCAUAUUCUUUACAUUUUAGUACAGAUUUUUAUGGAUUUUACUAAGCAAGUCGCUAGUAGUAGUAGAAAAUUUGCUUCCAUCACAAAAAAAGAAUCCUAUUGCAAUAGAGAAAAACAUUGUUUUAAAGACGAGUCUCCUUUUUUUCUUUUGGCACUCUCCUGCCCCUGAAAAAAACAUUUAUUACUGCACAAUUAAUGCUGAAUACUGAGUCAAUUCUGAACUCAUGCAUGGCACUUACCUUGAAUAUGAAUUGACAGGAUGGGUUCAAUGUGCACAGAAAGGUCCAUAGACGUUUUGGCAUGAUGACUACUUAACAGUUUUAGAUCUGUAAAAGUGCCUGUAGGGUUGGCUCAUCGGAGAU